AUGCCUAAUCCUGUAAUGAGUGAGCUAAAUAGAUUGCAACAUAUUUUCAAUUCGAUUAUUAAUGAACUUAAUCAAACUACGCAACAGCAACAAGUAGAUGACGUUGAAGCUAUCCCGCAGUUACAGAUGCCAGGGGGGCUUGAUCUUCCGACUUCUGAGACACAAAAUAGUGAAGAUAAUAGCAAUACUAACAAAGUGGAGAAUUUAUUCAAGAAGUUGCUGUUGAUAAUUGCAAUUUGUGUUUUACUUAUAGUUUUUCUCCCGAUUUACGUAAUAUACAUGAUACUCAUGUUCUUAUUCGUAUUCACAGUCUCAAUUUACAAUAAAAUUCACCAAGGAAAAUAUAGCAACUUGCGUAAUACAGACCCUUCGGACAUUGCAAGAAGAUUCAUUAUGAAUUUUGAUGAAAGAAUUGGAAAUAAUCUAGCUGGAAUAGACAGCUCUGACCCCAUGGAAGAUCAAGAUCAACCUAAUACUCUAAUAGAAGAAGGACAUUUGGGGGAGAUAGGACGUCCAGAUUUCCUAGAAUGUGCUUAUUCUCAAGCACUAUAUAUUGUGAAGAAAGAUAUUAGGUGGCUUCUCUGCUAUAUUGAAAGUGGAGAGAACCAAGAAUGCGUAGAUUUUACCAAGGAAGUCCUAGUACAUCCCGUAUUCCUAAAAUUUAUCAAAAACAAGAAUUUCUUGGUAUGGGGUGGCGAUAUUUCUGAUAGUGAAGCAUUCCAAGUGUGCAAUCAAUUUAAUAUCACAAAGCUUCCUUUCUUAGGCCUACUUUGUAUGACUGUCAAUCAGAUACCCACGUCGUCUGGAAUGCAACAAUCAGAACCAGUUCUAUCAUUAGUUUCGAAAAUACAAGGAUAUAAGGAUUUAGAGACUACAAUACACAAACUCCAGCGUGCAUACUCAAAAUACAAUCCCAUUGUGUCCCAGUUAAAGAGGGACAACCCCGAGUCUUUGCAGGGUGUUGUAAGAGAAUUACAAGAUGAAGCUCUGCAAAAUUCAAUAAGAAGAAUUCGGCCUCUAAGAAACUCAUACAGUAGAGAACCACAGAGAAGAAGUAGAGAAGAAAAACGUUUACAGUGGCUCAAGUGGAGAAAAUCGACUUUAGAGCCUGAGCCCAAUGAACCAGGCCAAUAUGCUAGGCUUGCAAUUAAAUUUCCAGAUGGUUCAAGAAAACAAAUCAAGAUAGGAAAGACAUCUUCUCUAGAAAAAAUUUAUGCAACGUUGGAAUGCAUGUAUUUGAAUGAAGUUGAACUUGGGGAUGCCACGGUUUACCAAUGUCCAGACGACUAUGAGCACGAGUAUCGUUUUAGAAUAUACACAGUUAUGCCAAAGCAAAUUAUACCCAUGAGCAGCAACAUUACAAUUGAAGAGACCACUUCCAUAUAUCCCAGUGGUAACUUGGUUGUCGAAAUGGUGGUCGAUUAG